AUGACACUUCAAAGGCUUCUCCCGAUAAAGUCAACCCUCGUUAACAAUAAAAGUGUUACCAUGGUUGCUUGUAAGUGGGUUAUAAACCUCAAGUUAGUGGUUCAAGUCCUCCCUCAUGCACAGCUAGUUUUAGCACUUCGUGGUGGCCUUCUUGGUGGUGGAGGUGGUGGUCUCCUAGGUGGCGGAGGUGGAGGUGGUGGUCUCCUUGGUGACGGAAGUCUCUUUGGUGACGGAGGUGGAGGUGGUGGUCUCCUUGGUGACGGAGGUGGAGGUGGUGGUCUCUUAGGUGACGGAGGUGGAGGUGGUGGUCUCCUUGGUGACGGAGGUGGAGGUGGUGGUCUCCUUGGUGACGGAGGUGGAGGUGGUGGUCUCCGUGGUGACGGAGGUGGAGGUGGUCCCCGUGGUGACGGAGGUGGAGGUGGUGGUGUCUUUGGUGACGGAGGUAGAGGUGGAGGUGGUGAUCCCCUAGGUGACGGAGGUGGAGGUGGUGGUUCCCUUGGUGACGGAGGUGGAGGUGGUGGUUCCCGUGGUGACGGAGGUGGAGGUGGUGGUUCCUGUGGUGACGGAGGUGGAGGUGGUGGUGGUCCCCUAGGUGACGGAGGUGGUGGUGGUGGUGGUCCCCUAGGUGACGGAGGUGGAGGUGGUGGUGACUUUGGUGACGGAGGUGGAGGUGGUGGUUCCCGUGGUGACGGAGGUGGAGGUGGUGGUGGUCCCUGUGGUGAUGGAGGUGGAGGUGGUGGUGUCUUUGGUGACGGAGGUGGAGGUGGUGGUUCCCGUGGUGACGGAGGUGGAGGUGGUGGUCCCCGUGGUGACGGAGGUGGAGGUGGUGAUCCGCUAGGUGACGGAGGUGGAGGUGGUGGUGGUCCCCUAGGUGAUGGAGGUGGAGGUGGUGGUGAUCCCUGUGGUGAUAGAGGUGGAGGUGGUGGUGUCCUUGGUGACGGAGGUGGAGGUGGUGGUUCCCGUGGUGACGGAGGUGGAGGUGGUGAUCCGCUAGGUGACGGAGGUGGAGGUGGUGGUGGUACCCUAGGUGACGGAGGUGGAGGUGGUGGUGAUCCCUGUGGUGAUGGAGGUGGAGGUGGAGGUGGUGGUUCCCGUGGUGACGGAGGUGGAGGUGGUGGUGAUCCCUGUGGUGAUGGAGGUGGAGGUGGUGGUGUCCUUGGUGACGGAGGUGGAGGUGGUGGUUCCCGUGGUGACGGAGGUGGAGGUGGUGGUCCCCGUGGUGACGGAGGUGGAGGUGGUGAUCCGCUAGGUGACGGAGGUGGAGGUGGUGGUGGUCCCCUUGGUGACGGAGGUGGAGGUGGUGGUGAUCCCUGUGGUGAUGGAGGUGGAGGUGGUGGUGUCCUUGGUGACGGAGGUGGAGGUGGUGGUCCCCUUGGUGAUGGAUGUGGAGGUGGUGGAGGUCUUCUUAUCAAAGUACAUAAUUUGAUUCUAGCAUCAGGUUUAUCAACACAUUGUCCAUUUAAACAAAAGAGUUGACCCCCGCAUUCCCGUUGUGUUUGACAUGGCUUAAAGCAAUCAACGAUAGCAUUAGUAGGUAAUGAAGAAAAUAUGAUUGAUAACAAAGCAACAAGAAUGCUAAACACCAAUGCUUUUGCCAUGGUGAAAAUAUAA